AUGGUGCGGGAGAAGCAACUGGAGGCAGCUGUGGAGGUGGAGGGAACUCCCGAGCGCUCGUACCGGGAGCAGCUCGACUUCCUGAACCCCAUCGCUCAGCCGCUCGCCUCUCGCAAGCUGACGCGGAAGCUUUACAAGUGCAUCAGGAAAGCGACCAAGCACAAGCAGAUCCGUCGCGGCGUGAAGGAGGUCCAGAAGUUCAUCAACAAGGGCGAGAAGGGGAUCACGGUGCUGGCCGGCGACACGCUGCCCAUCGACGUGUACUGCCACAUCCCUAUCAUGUGCGAAGACAGGAACCUCCCCUAUGCAUACAUCCCUUCCAAAUCGGACUUGGGAGCUGCAGCUGGCUCCAAGCGCCCAACGUGUGUUAUCCUGAUCAAGCCCCACGAGGAGUACCAGGAGAUCUAUGAUGAGUGCUUGGAGGAGGUGGCCGCUCUGCCACUGCCACUGUGA